CUGCUCCACGACGUGACCAUGGCCGGGCUGCAGGAGCUGCGAUUCCCGGAAGAGAAGCCCCUACUCCGGGGCCAGGAUGUGACAGAGCUGGAUAACCCUGACACCUUCCUCUCAGUUGUGGACACAGACUGGAAGGAACAUGACAUCGAGACGCCUUAUGGCCUUCUGCAUGUGGUGAUCCGGGGCUCUCCUAAAGGGAACCGCCCAGCCAUCCUCACCUACCAUGAUGUGGGCCUCAAUCACAAGCUGUGCUUCAACACCCUCUUCAACUUUGAGGACAUGCAGGAGAUCACCAAACACUUUGUGGUGUGCCACGUGGAUGCCCCUGGGCAGCAGGUGGGGGCGUCACAGUUCCCUCAGGGGUACCAGUUCCCUUCCAUGGAGCAGCUGGCCGCCAUGCUGCCAAGUGUGGUACAGCACUUUGGGUUCAAGUACGUGAUUGGCAUCGGAGUGGGAGCCGGAGCCUAUGUGCUGGCCAAGUUCGCGCUCAUUUUCCCUGACUUGGUGGAGGGGCUGGUGCUGAUGAACAUUGACCCCAAUGGCAAAGGCUGGAUUGACUGGGCUGCCACCAAGCUCUCUGGCUUGACCAGCACUUUGCCAGAUACGGUACUCUCUCAUCUCUUCAGCCAGGAGGAGCUGGUGAACAACACAGAGCUGGUGCAGAGCUACCGGCAGCAGAUCUCAAACGUGGUGAACCAGGCCAACCUGCAGCUCUUCUGGAACAUGUACAACAGCCGCAGAGACCUUGACAUUAACCGGCCUGGGACCGUGCCCAAUGCCAAGACGCUCCGCUGCCCGGUGAUGCUGGUCGUCGGGGAUAAUGCACCUGCUGAGGACGGGGUGGUUGAGUGCAACUCCAAACUGGACCCGACCACUACGACCUUCCUGAAGAUGGCAGAUUCUGGUGGUCUUCCUCAGGUGACACAGCCAGGGAAACUGACUGAGGCCUUCAAAUACUUCCUGCAAGGCAUGGGCUACAUUGCACACUUGAAGGACCGAAGGCUGAGUGGAGGAGCAGUGCCCUCAGCCAGCAUGACCCGCCUUGCACGCUCACGCACCGCGUCCCUCACCAGCGCCAGCUCUGUGGAUGGCAGCCGCCCACAGCCCUGCGCCCACUCAGAGAGCGGCGAGGGGAUGGGCCAGGUCAACCACACCAUGGAGGUAUCCUGCUGAAGUCCUCGUCCUGCCCAAGACGCCUGCUUUCCUGCCCCCAGGUCCCACUGCCAUCUCUGCACCGGCUCAUCUUCCAUUUA